CGACACAACUAUUGAAAUGUGCAAAAUGAGAAUGAACUUCCCGCUAGAUCAUGGCCAGAUGCACCCGCCACAUUUUGUCCUUUUCACAUUUCUCGAGUGGUGUCGUGCGCCCUCCCUCCUUCCGAGCUGGCUGCUCUCUUCCACCAGCGUGGGUCACGAGGAGAGAACUGUAGGACAUUUGACAGGAAGCCGCCGCCUUUUCACACAAUGUGGGUAGCAUGACCAGAGGUGGCUAGCCGUAUUUGGUGCAACUUUCAGUCUACAUACAGCGAUAAUGACCGGGCGUCCUAUUCGGGCGAAGACGAUAGGGCAGUUGCGCUCUUCCAUCUAUGCCUUGUGCAGCUUUCAUCAGCCGGACGGAUGUGGGUCUGGCCCAGUACUACUGCAAGUCUGGGACAGAUUACAAGACUCCUGGACAUUACUUAAGUGCCAGCAAGAGUGAGCGAUGUUCAUCUUCAAUCUGCGGCCGACAUAGCAGGCCGACUUCCUUUUGAACCCGGUUCUUGGAGGAGACUGCAUUGAGCGGGACCACAAAGACCAGAGCAUACUGUCUACUGAACAAGAGCGGGGCCAUCAAGCACAAGAAGGACAGCACACCACACUGUCUAGUGAACAAGAACAAGACAAGGCGUUCCACUCUUUCGUCAAUGAGCGGACAAAUGAUUUGUUGUGGGUGGUGCCAUCCUGCACCUUCAUCUUCUCCAUAGGUGAAUUGGUUCACCAUUCUUUGCGUCGGAGGAGAAGUACUACUAGUAGUAGUAGUGGUAGUAGCAGCAGUAGUAGUAGUACUAGCAGUAGCAGCAGCAGCAAUAGUACAAGAAGACGACUUGCAGACAAGGUACAUACUUCAUCCCCAGCACACACUCUGGCUUCCGUUGGCAUUGUCGAGGAAUGACGCCAAUGUCACCAGCCAUGAACUUAACCCUGUCCCGGACUGGUGUUCGGCUGCCAGCUACACAGUUACAGCAUCCAGGACAUGCAAGCGCUACACAACCGGCAAUCUUUUCUCGAUGUUGCCUACGUCCUGUUAAAGAAGGGGAAAGCAAGAGAAGACAGGCGCAUGCUACCUUGAUCAGUCGUGUUUGUGCGGGAGAAGUUAACCAAUGCAGGCGCACGAUAUGCAGCAGGUCGGAUGGUCUUGGUGGUGGCAGCAGCAGCAGCUUCCCGUCUCCCCGGGCAGCAUGUGGGGAUCUACGAAGCUAUAGUCCGGCAAUCCAAAUUGCGGCAUCUCACUUUGCUACUGGCAAAGAUGGUCGUGCCCCUGGGGAAUGCCAACCAUCCCAGGUGCAGCUAUGGUGUUUGUCGAUGUGUCGCCAUAACUGUAGUAGUAGCCGAUCUGCCCGAGUUCUCGCUGCAACUGCGGGAUCGGGCAGCGAGGCGAUGGCUUUUCCCCCACCAGAUGGUGAUGCCCACAGUUCUGCCGCAGGGUCGGAAGCUCCGUCCUCGUCUUCUUUCACUGGUUCGGUGGGCGAAACAGAAGAAUCCAGGAGAAGAAAUCAGGGUUUGGGCGCACUUUUUGCGAGCUUGAAGUCGAAGAUGACUUCGUGGCAAGCGAAUGCGGCAGCUGUGCGCGCCCAAGUUGCCAAGCUUGGAUUGGCUGCAGUUCUCGCGUAUGGCCUCAUUGAUGGGAUCAUGUACACAAUCUUCUUCAUCAUCGCCUUCCUAGGAUAUGAGAAGAGCACUGGUCAGAAUCCCGCUAGGAAUUUAAAAGCUUUACUAGCUGUGGUCAUUAUAAUGUGGACUGGCAACAACUUCACAAGACCGUUCAGACUUGCCGGUGCGGCGGCACUCGCUCCCGUCUUCGACAAAGGCAUCAAGAAACUCCAAAAAGCGCUCAAUUUGCCGAAUGAGGCUGCAGCAUUUGCCCUUGCAACUGCCACUAUAGCUGGGGUUUGUUUGACAAUCGCGGGUGCACUGAUUUUAUCACGGUUCGUAGCUUAGUAACACUCCAUGACUCUUCUUUCUUUUUGUUUGGCGGCAAAAUUGGCACUGAAUUAUCAGUGUUCCAUUCC